AUGGGCAAUGCGUUCAAGAUAGAGGAAUUUAAUGCCUUAACUAUUGCGUCUCGAAAUGGAGACGACAAGGAGGUAUAUAUUCUAAUAAAAGCAGGAAAAGACAUAAAUUAUGUGGAAGAUGAUGGAUGGAAUGCCUUAAUGAUUGCAUCUGAAAAUGGACAUAAAAAGGUGGUAGAUAUUCUUAUUAAAGCAGGAGCAGACAUAAAACAUGUAGAAAAUGAUGGUUGGAGUGCCUUAAUGCUUGCAUCUGAAAAUGGACACGACAAAGUUGUAGAUAUUCUUAUUAAAGCAGGAGCAGACAUAAAUCACGAGGAAGAUGAUGGAUGGAAUGCCUUAAUGAUUGCAUCUGAAAAUGGACAUAAAAAGGUGGUAGAUAUUCUUAUUAAAGCAGGAGCAGACAUAAAACAUGUAGAAAAUGAUGGUUGGAGUGCCUUAAUGCUUGCAUCUGAAAAUGGACACGACAAAGUUGUAGAUAUUCUUAUUAAAGCAGGAGCAGACAUAAAUCACGAGGAAGAUGAUGGAUGGAAUGCCUUAAUGAUUGCAUCUCAUGUGGUAGAUAUUCUUAUUAAAGCAGGAGCAGACAUAAAUUAUGUAAAGCAAAAUGGAUAUAAUGCCUUAAUGAUUGCAUCUCAAAAUGGACACGACAAUUUGGUUGAUAUUCUUAUAAAAGCAGGAGCAGACAUAAACUAUGUAAAACAAGAUGGAUAUAAGGCCUUAAUGAUUGCAUCUCAAAAUGGACACGACAAGGUGGUAGAUAUUCUUAUUAAAUCAGGAGCAGACAUAAAUCACGUGGAAGAUGUUGGAUGGAAUGCCUUAAUGAUUGCAUCUCAUGAUGAAUUUAAUGCAUUAAUGAUUGCAUCUCUAGAUGGACACGACUCGGUGGUAGAUAUUCUUAUUAAGGCAGGAGCAGACUUUAACUAUGUAAGACAAGAUGGAUCAGGAGCAGACAUAAACUAUGUAACACAAUAUGAAUUUAAUGCAUUAAUGAUUGCAUCUCUAGAUGGACACGAUAAGGUGGUAGAUAUUCUUAUUAAAGCAGGAGCAGACAUAAACUAUGUAAAACAAGAUGGAUAUAAGGCCUUAAUGAUUGCAUCUCAAAAUGGACACGACAAGGUGGUAGAUAUUCUUAUUAAAGCAGGAGCAGACAUAAACUAUGCAAAACAAGAUGGAUAUAAUGCCUUAAUGAUUGCAUCUCAAAAUGGUCACGACAAGGUGGUAGAUAUUCUUAUUAAAGCAGGAGCAGACAUAAAUUAUGUAACACAAGAUGGAUAUAAUGCCUUAAUGAUUGCAUCUCUAAAUGGACACGACAAGGUGGUAGAUAUUCUUAUUAAAGCAGGAGCAGACAUUAACUAUGUAACACAAGAUGGAUAUAAUGCCUUAAUGAUUGUAUCUCAAAAUGGUCACGACAAGGUGGUAGAUAUUCUUAUUAAAGCAGGAGCAGACAUAAAUUAUGUAACACAAGAUGGAUAUAAUGCCUUAAUGAUUGCAUCUCUAAAUGAACAUUACAAGGUGAUGGAUAUAAUGCCUUAA